AAUCGUGCUGCCCUGCAGCUCCUGGGGUGCUGAUAGGCAGCAGCCCUUUUUAAUCUCAGAUAGCAGCUAUCAAUGAGGCAAAAUGACCUCACAUUUUCCCAAGUGCAAUAAAGUCACAGCUUUUCCCCUUCCAAGUAAUGAUAACAGGCUCCUGGGAAAGUAUAGCGACGAGUUCAGAGAGCAAGCCCCCAUUGGCCGGGGAGCCAAACACCCGACCGGGGCCUGAACCCAGGCUGCUUGGUGCAAAAGGCACUCAUCGUGCAGCCUGCAACCUGCCUCACGGUCUGCUAUUACGCAGGAACAAAGUGACAUCCUAGAGAAACAGACUCCUUCUGGGUGUCACUUGCAGCCUGCUCGCCUUCCCUAAAAGCCUCUUCCCUUUCAUCCCGAGGCCGUGCUGAAACUGCGGCGCUGCAGCCACUUGCCCUCGUGCUCCCCCUUUGCUUCUCACUUUCACUCCCAUUGGUUUCACGUUCCCUUUGCCACGCGGAAAAGCUUUCAAGCUCAUCCAGCCCGGCAUCAGAGUUUAUCCUGGUUCCACCCACUGGGACUUUCCUAGCUUCCUCCUACACGCGAGGGGAAAAAAAGGCAGAGGGAGGCAGGCAGCAGGCACCUCGGGGAGCUCGAUGAGCCGCGGUGCUCCCUUCCCUGAGCUAGGUUUCUAUUGUAGGCGGUGCAUUCCUCGGGAGGGAGGGUGUGCGUGUGUCGGUGCCUUCCCACACUCGGGGCAGCUCUUAUUUAAUGGGGGUCUCCAUGCAGGGCAGAAGCCAGAGGAGAUUUUGCUGUUGCCAGCUCCCAGCCAGGCUCAGCGGCAGCUCACACGUCAAGCGCCGGCAUGGACCGCGGGGCUGAGAUAACCCUGGAGGAGGAGGCUCCGGUGAUCGGCCAAGCCUCCAGGAUGCACCUCAAGGAGGACUUGAGGAGGAUACGAUGCGCUGUGCUGCUGUGCCUGCUGGCCGUGCUGCUGCUGGCAUUGCCCACCGCCUACCUGCUAGUUGGAAACCUCCGAGCCCCCAACUCCUGCUCUGGCCAGGUCACAGACGAGAGGGGCUCUCACCUUCUGAAGCAGCGGGCAGUAGAAACUGUUACAGAUACAAUUCCCAGUGCAGAGAAGCCAAGAGCGCACCUGACAGUGAAGAAACAAGACCUUUCCAGCGCCAUGGGAAACCACCUGCCAAUCCUGCAGUGGGAAGACAAGCAAGGCUUGGCCUUUACCAAGAACAACCUGAGUUAUUUCAGCAACUCACUGGUGAUACCUGUGUCUGGGGACUACUAUGUUUAUGCUCAGGUCACUUUCCGAGGGCCCAUUGAAAGUUCAGGGAAAGCGAAUUCUGUCACUGCCAUCAUCACCAAAGUCACCGACAGCUACCCUGAGCCCACCCAGCUGCUGACCAGCACCAAGACCCUCCGUGAAGAAGGGAACAGCUGGUUCCAGCCCAUUUAUCUGGGAGCCGUGGUCUCCUUAGAAGUAGGGGACAAGCUGAUGGUCAACGUUAGCAACAUUAAGCUGGUGGAUUACACUAAGGAGCACAAAACCUUCUUCGGUGCCUUUUUACUGUAGGUCUCUGGCAGCAGCUGGUGGGGGCUGACAUGGCCCUGCUGGACUCUGGUUUGGUGGGGGCGUGUUGGGGUGCUGGUCGCUGUUCUGUUCUCCUUCUGUACUGUCACUCACCUGCAGCACUCUCUGCAGCCUUAAAUUAAGGGGUAGGGAAAGCUGAAGCCGCAGGCUGAAUUGAAACAAAGCAAAAAACUCCAGAAAAAUGCAAGUCAGGCUAGAGGAAAAUAGAAGGUUUUGAAAGCAAAAGCUAAGAGCUCUUCAAAACUUUGUAUGCUGGGGAGGGACCUGUUAUAUGUGUGGGAUAGGCCUAUUUAUCCUGAAUACUACAGCUAAGCUGCAUCACUAACUCCUCUUCUAAUAUACAAUUUCCUCAUCUCAAAAAAAAAAAAAAAAAAAGUGUUUUAAACUUUCCCCAACACUUCCAGUAUAGUUUUGCAUUACCUCACUUCAGAUUCUCAGUUCUAAAAGGUAAUUAUUUUUUGUCAUUUCCUUACAAAUAGAUUUGCUCAGUACUUUGCACUAAUAUAAAACCCACAUUAAUCAUUAACUGCUUAAUUAAUCCCUUCCAACUUCCCUGUAAAGUAGAUUAAAAUUAUAUUGCAUUUUGCAGAAGCUACCUGAUUUUUUUUUCCUCCAGGAAAUUGUUUACAAUUAUGUAAGUCAAUAUGCAGGCUUAAGCCUUUAUGUAAAACUUCUAGGGAACAUGCAGAAAUGCUUUCUGUUUCAGCAUGACAGCGGAAUCCCCCUGUCAGAUCCUAACAUUAGGAAAACAGAAAAAAACAAGGCAGAGGCACGCAACAAAAUUUUCUGCACUAUUUAAAAUCAACCAACAAAAUUUCAAGAGAAACCUUCUGCAAUAUCUGGUUUUCCAAUUCGUUUAAUGCAAAGCAAGUGCAACUAAAGAAAUCACUGCCUUGGUGCUCUCCCCCCUUGCAACCACUGCUACAGCAGUCUGCGAAACGCAAAGGACUCCUCAGCCUUUGCCUGGGCGAGGGCUGCCAACCAGCAGCCCAUACAAAAGGUUCUCGGAUCCAAAGACAAGAUCAUGGUGUGCCACGGCCAGGUGCAGAGCUCAGGAGCACUCAGCUUCCCAUCUCGCACUUAUUUUUUUCAUGGACUUGCUGUCUCUCAGGGAAAUUCCGCAGCUUUCCUUCUCCUCCCACAAUAAAUACAUCACUGACAAUGA